UCUUAUCCCAUUAGACACCCCCACCCCAGCCCACAUCCCACCAGACCAUAGAGCAAACAGACAACACAGGACAAGUCCUUCAGCCACGAUGUUGUGCCAAUCUUCUAACCCACUCCAAGAUCAAUCUAACUCUUUCCUGCCACGGAGCCCUGCAUUUUUCUAUCACCCAUGUGCCUUUCUAAAAGCAUUUUAAAUGCCCUUAAUAUAUCUGCCCUUACCAUCAACCCGGUAGCGCGUUUCACGCACCCAACCAAUCAGUUCGCUUCUCAUUCUUCUCAAGUCCAGCGAGUACAGGCUCAGAGCCAACAAACGUUAACCCCUUCGUCCCCAGGAUAAUUCUCUUAAACUCCCCCUAUACCCUCUCCAAUGCCAGCAUAAGGGACCCAUGAACCGCUCACAAGUCCGGCCGGGCCUUUGCCUUAUAAAGCCUCAGCAUCACAUCCUCCUUCCGAUGCUAUUGCAUCUGGAUGGGUUCCAGGUACGUUCAACGGGACUGACACCUGGAUUGAUUGUGAAGUAGUUGAGAAAUCUUCAGAGCUUUUAUUUGGAAUCUCCUGCGUGCUUUUAUUUUUCGUGUUGUGAUGACUUUGCAUCGGGCCACCGGCAGCGUUAGUUUGGGAACGCAGCCUUCCGCUAACCCCUGACUAAUCCCGGAGCGGGGUGACGGGCGAGUACCAGUUUCGGAUUUACGGACGCCGGUGUUACCCCGGGCGGAGGGUGGACGCCGGGGAGCUGAGACCUCUCGGAGGGGAAGAUCUUCAGGCGCUCGGGAACCCUUCAGGCGAGAGCCCGCGAAGGGGAGGAAGAUCAGGGAAUCCGGACGUGAGACGGUUCCGGAGGAGUCAGAACUCGUUCCGUUGUGGGGAGCCGGUCGCCGGCCGGGACCAUGAACGAGAGCUGGCGCGUUUGCAGCAAUCACACGGAAGACUGCCCGAAUUCGCACCUGGACUCCGUUCGCUGGCUGAUGCUGCCUCUUUCCGGCCUCAUCGUGGUCGGAAACCUCCUCAUCAUCGUGGGCAUCCUCGCCAACAGGAGGCUGCACACCACCACCAACUGGUUCUUCCUGAGCCUGGUGUUCUCCGACCUGGCCACCGGCAUCGCGCUGCCCUCCCUGCCCACUAUGAGCCUCAAGCGGCCGCUCGCACCCCGUUUCUUCUGCUUCUUCGCCCACCUUUUCCCCAAUUUCACCGUGCUCUCCCUCCUCGCCAACCUGGUGCUCGUGCACGGUGACCGAUACCUCUACAUCGCGCGCCCGCUGCGGCACCGCGGCUGGCUGCGGCGACGCGCCCCCGCGGCCAUUCUGGCCGUCUGGCUGCUGCCCCUGCUCUUCGCCUCGUUACCGCUGCUGGGCUGGAACGGCUGGCCGAGGCAGGAGGGAGAAGAGGAGAUGUGCUGCUGCCCCUUCAGCCACGUCUUCACGCAGGAGUACAUUUACCUGGAAGUCUACGGUCUGCUGAUGCCGUCCAUCCUGAUCACCUGCACCCUGAACGCUUGCCUCCUCCGCCUGGCCCGGAGGCAGAUGCGGGACAUUCGGAGGCAAUACAGGGCGGUGCGAGGCGCCAGGAGCGAGGAGGGGGCAGCAGGGAGCACGGAGGAAGGUGCGAGCCGAAUGAAGCGCGCCCAGGAGCGAGGAGGGGACCCGACGUCGGCGUUGGAGCACCGGCUCAAUCUCAAGUACGCCCGCAGCGUCACGGGCUUCCUCCUCAUCUUCCUCGUCUGCUGGCUGCCCUACAUCGUUCAUCUGCACGCCCGCUUCCUGCUGCCGGACAGGGGACUCCGCACCCACAUCAUCCUGUCCUGCCUGGGCGUCAGCAGCGCCGCCCUCGUUCCCUUCGCGCUGGCCCUCGGUAACAGGGAGUACCUCCGGGUGUGGAGACGAGUCUGCUCCAGGGCCCGACGGCGGCUGGGCGAGGGCCUGGCGGCGUUCCCCAUGCAGCAAAUCGGGGGUUCACGCACCCCACCAGUCCCGACCCCACAUACAGGGGUCGGGUGACCGCAGAUGAGGUAAAACCUCACUUCGCUCUCCCCACCACUCUCCCUCCGUUCCCGCCCCGAAGGUUGCCCGGAAUCCCACGGUCCCGAGAAGAUCAGGGGAAUUCUCUGUCCGGCGUCCACCCCAGGAGGACGGGGGCCACCGUCAGUCACGUUGGUGGUGUCCUGCAGUGUACAAUUUUGGUGUAAUCCUUUCAACAGCAACAGAACGGUGGGGAGAAUCAGCGGGCCGGUCAGCGUCUGUGGAAAGGGAACGGGAGCUCCCGUUUCAGAUGAGCGGCACAGGGUAGCUGUUUUUCACUCUACAGACACCGCCCGACCUGCUCAGCGUCUGGGCCCCUUUUCCUUCCAGCCCUGAUGAAAGUUCUCUCUCCGAAAUGUCGACAUUUUAUUACCCUCCACAGAUGCUGCCGGACCUGCUGCCUUCCUACGGCACUAUCUGUGUGUAAAUUGUCUAGAAACUUCUCUGGACUAUUUUGUUGUUUUACAACGGGGUCUAUUAAAUGUCCCACGAGUGAAUCUGCAGAUGCUGGAAAUAAAUAAAGACACAAGGUGCUGGCAGAAAUCAGCAGGCCAGACAGCACCUAUGGGAGGAGGUAGUGACGACGUUUCGGGCCGAAACCCUUCAUCAGGAGUGAAGUAUCAUGGGAUGG